UUUCCACCACGGGGGCCAAUACCGAAAGACCGGAGACAAGUGACAAACGAGAUGCGACUAGUGACCACAAGUGAUUCAAAGUGACAGCUGAACUUGUCAAAUUAAGAACGUGCAGUAUUGUUAUUAAGUUGUACUUUGGUGGCAAUCUGAAGCGAAACAUGAAUGCAGUGUCUUCAUCUUCCGAAUGCGAACAAGGAGCAGUAUUUACGAAAGAGAUACACAAUAUGAUGCAUGCAUUUGGAGACAAUGCAGCCCCGCUGAAAGCUUCAGUGAAAUUGGUUGAGUCCGUUUUAUGUAAACAACUGCAUUCGUUAGUAACGAGAGCAAAUGAAGUAACUACAAUGCGAGGGUCCAAAGAAAUAGGUUUUGAAGAUAUACUUUUCCUUAUGAGAAAAGACAGAGUCAAGAUACAUCGAUUACUAAACUACCUAGGUAAUUAUAUAUUAUUUUUGAUUUCUACCAGUAUACGACUGGUUUGUUAACCUAAUAA